AUGGAAAGGCAACACGCGGUAACCCUAAUAAGCUUCUUACUUGCAACGGUCUUCGCACAUAACGUGUUGGACGCUAAACCUCCAUUAUUGUAAGUAAAGUCGUAUUCUCUUCUCCUUGUGCUUUGUUGAGACACAAUGAUUCAAUCAGCCUUUUAUCUCUCUUGACACUAUGACAGGUUUGUUUCGUCAGCUGCAACAUUUGGUCCGAGCUUGAUUUGCAGUAGGAUCCCUGGCCUCUCGCCUGAACAAAUUAGGAUCUGCGAGGAACAACCGACCCUAAUAAACUGUAUUCGACAAGGCUAUAAAGAAGCCGCCAAAGAAUGCAAAAAUCAAUUCCGCAACAACAGAUGGAAUUGUACUGUUCUGGGGCAGAGCUCGGACUUCGAUGACUUGGCAAUACGUGAGUAAGAUUACUAUUUCCUAAUGAGAUUGCUCUUUAGCCCCUGUAAAUAUUAGGAAGUUUCUCGUGGCUUAAUUUAGCGCGCCACCUAAAUUGAAGAGUUUUAUCGUAUUUAUUUGUUUGUUUGGUAUACAAUAGCUGCCGAUUAAGCUAAGAGAGCUCGCUUAUGUUAAGGACAUGAAAAGUGCUAACAGUCUAUGAUAUAAGUGCUUGUGUCAAAGGUUGUCCAUAAAUUGUCAUCAAUGCUUUUAGCCUUAAUCAGUGUAGCUAAUGAAUUACCGCUGCCUCUUAUUGCAUUUCCGUUUAGUUCUAUCGUAAAUGCUUGUCUCAACGAAGAUAAUUUCAACAGAUUGAGUUGUCACCAAGAGAAACACAGACAAAACCAUGAUGAAAUGUUCGUCUUGAACAAAACCGUGAAAAAAGUUUAUACAUAAAUGUAAGAAGUCAUAAAUUUUGCCAGAGUCAUUCAGGUAAAUGCAUUGGUGAAGAUGGGAAGUUGUUAUAGAAAAAAGAGCCACAUCGAAUUUGUUCCCUCGUCAUGUUGCUAUGUAAAUGAUCAUGAGCGGUGUUUUAAAAUGCAAACCUGUCUAAAUCCUUUUCUAUCGGCUCGCAGAGACGACCGUUACAAUAAGGAGAAAUUGCCAGUGGAGUGUAGAGGAAUCUUUCGUUUAAAAUUUAGUAUUAGGAGAUUUUGUUCUUUUAAUAAAAAGUGUCACUAACUUUUAUUCUUUUAACUUUGCUGAGAAUACCAAACGUUGAGUACUUUUUUACUUUCCUUUCUCAAUGUCUUUCUCUUUCUUCCACACACUGUAAACGUUUUACUACUGACAAGGCUUAUUUUAAUUACCUCAUUGAAAAUUUACGAUCCAUUUUUUUUCAAUAAAGCAAAGUCAUUUUAUCUUGAUAACUCGAUUACAAAAAGUUAUUUUUAGCAUGUUCCUUUAAAAUUAAUUUGCUAUGUAAGAAAUGUUUGAGUUACGAAGACGUUUUCAAGUUGCCUUAAGAGGUAGGCUUAAAAUGACAGGAGCAUAUGGCAAACAGACAACGCGCGAAGAAAAAAUAUCUUUGUAGAAAACAAAUUCAUUCUGGGAAAUUGAAAGUUAUCUAGUCUAUACAAUGCUGUGAACCAGAGGCGUCGAUACAUCAGUUUGAAGUGAUCACUUUGUACUGUAUGAAUAUCGUUUGAUUGAAAUGUUUGAAAAAGGGUUUUGAUGACUCAAGAUACGGCGGAGUUACGUGGAUGAGAAGUUAAACGCGAAAAAAUUGUCAGACCCGCCGCGGUGUGGGAAAGACUAGGGGUUGGUCUCCCAUUUGAAAGAGACAGCGACGCUCGUCAUCUCGUUAAGGGGAUUUAAAUUAAGAUUUUGGUAGCAACAUCUUUGUCACUUUAGAAUAGUGCCAUUUUAUGCUCAAAAAAUACUUGGGCCACGCCAAGUUUGCUCUCUUUUAAAGUUUGGACAUGCAAUUGCCCGUCGCCAGCACAUAACGGUCACAACCCCCCCCCCCCCCCCCCCCCCCCCCCCCCCCCCCCCCCAAUCCCCCCCCCCCUCUUUUUCUUGAGCGACGCCUCCAGCUGCGGGCGCGCCCUCUCUCUGAGUGCGGAAAGAACACACCACCCCCCCCGCCCCCUGUUUUUGCUGAGGGCGUUCUUUGUACUCCAACGCGCGACUGGCCCCCCCCCCCCCCCCCCCCUUCCUCCCACCUCCUCCGACAAUUUGGCCUCGCUAAUAUUUUAUGGGAGUCCAGUUAAUGACGUUGGCGUCGUCACUUUGUAGCCGGUACAAAAGAAGCCGCCUUCGCACAAGCCAUGGUUUCUGCUGGAGUUGUCUAUACGAUCACAAGAGCCUGCAGCAUGGGUAAUUUAUCCGAGUGCAACUGCGACAGGGAAAAAUGGGGGCAGAAUAGCCGCAAAGGCUGGAUGUGGGGAGGCUGCUCAGUUGACACUGGUUAUGGUAUGAAUCUUUCCAGACGGUUUGUGAAUGGCCGCCACAACACGCACGAUGCCAUAUACUUGAUGAACAAGCAUAACAACAAAGCAGGCAGACAGGUAGGUGGCCUAUAACACAGCCUCAAUGACAUAAUUGCUUUUCUAAUUACUUAAUGAUAAUGAGAGUUAAACAAUCGCGGAUUUUCUUCGUCAUACAAUGUCGUAACUUUGCACGAAACCAUUUUGUCUCAUGGGCUCUAAUUUGAUGUACAAUAGUUUCCAUCACGGUAACUCUGAACGAUAAUUCUAUGCAACGUGGCAUUUUAGGUAUUUAAAGAAUCCUUUUUUCUCAGAACUGACCUUCAAGUAUUUGCAUGAGAGUAUUACUAAUAAAUAGAUAUGAAAUAAAAAAAGAAAGAAAGAAAGAGAAAAAAAUGAGUUUCGUUUCAUUUGGCUGCACCCAUAUUGUUUGAUAAAACAUGAUAAAACUUCUAUUGAAAGUUUUUAUUAGUUAACCACAAGACCCCAUGAUAGGAAAUUAAGACCGUUGCUUCAAAAUCAUCUGAAUGAAAUAGUAUCUUUAAUUUCUUUUGGAGGUUAUUGUUUUCAAAAUGUGAUCGAAAAACGUUUCAAGAGAAACCUCGUUUCUUAAUAUCAUGCAACUGGUCUCGACCUGUUGUCUCCAAAGACCAACUGCAUGUCUUGUGUCUUAACACGUUUUAGUUUUUAGCAAGAAAAAUACAUUUUCUGCAUUGAAUUAUAGAAAUCUAUCUUAAAAUUUAAUGUAAUUUUAAAAAUUGCACGAAUACUGAAUUUGUUGACUCAAUAUCCCGUUGUUUGAAUCGAUAUUUUAAUUACAAAAUCCCAAUUUAAUUAUAACGCAUCCAUCUCAGAUAUGACGGGCUGUGUUUGUCAAUGAGGUGAAGAAAAAAAAAGUUUUCGCGGGGUCGAAGUGAUUCGAACACACAAAAUGUGCAAGAAACGAACUAAAUGAAACCAUCAAAAAUAGGACAAUGCAUGACGUAAGAGGAUAACCAUUAGACAAUUCACGAGACGCCUUAAUACCAUGCCUCCGCCACCUCGCUUAUAUGAAACAUAACUUGUCGCUAUCUUCGCUGAGUUAAAAAUCGUCUUCUUUAGCUUAUAUAACUUGGUAAAGUUGCUGUGCGCUGAACACAAGCGAGGUUUGAACUAAGGGCAACAAACUUGCAUUUAACCAAUAUAUCAGUUUUAAUGAUAACUUUUUCUUACGUUAAUUGCAUUGUGAUUUCUUUAUGCCUGUUUAUGGAAAGGAUUGGUUUUGUGAACCGUAUACUGUUUUUAGAAGUUUCAUUACGAAAAGCUUACAACUUGCUAAAACAUUGAACCGGCGCUGGAACAAGUCUCUGCUUUCUCGCUACCUGCUAGCCUCCGAUCAGAGAGUCGUGAAUGGAAACGAGUUCUUUUUAACGUCUUCGACGUGCCGUCCCACACGUCUUUGAGAGAAUGUUUUUCCUGUUGAAAGUGAAAUUUCUUUUAAGUUCAUGUUUAACUUUUGAAGAAAAUCUUAACGGCCUCAUCCCUUGAUUGAAGCUACGUAGAGAGUGACUGUAGCAGAGACGGUCAUGCUCUUUGCCAAGCGUUCCCUCUCGAUGGGGGAGCAAUUUUAACUAUUGUGAAAUAAAUAAUAGCUUCACACUAUGAUCUAGAAAACCUUUAUUUUGUUAAAUUCUCUUUAAAUUAAAACCCUGGUUCUGUUUGCCCGCCUGCAGAGAAUAAUAUUAGCUGUGGGUUCUUAACAGCUGGGAACUUGAUAAACAUACUUUACGUUAUUUUCAUAACAGGACUUUUAAUACAACGAAGAUAAAGUUAUUUUUGGAAAGGAGCUUAGAGCACGUCCCGAGGUUAUUCCCACCUGUAUAGUGAAGGAGAAGCCAAUUUUCUAUUAUUCUUUAGUGGCAAGUUCCUAAUAGAGAGUUAGGCUACCAAAGGAAACGUACAUAAAAUAUUAUAACUAUCUCAGUUUCACUGAUUAACUAUUGGCGUAGCUUCGUCUUCCGUUAUUUACGUCAGAAAAUUACUUAGUUACCUAUAAAUAGCCCUUUCUCAACUAAAGAUAAACGAAACGAUCAAGGAGGAGGGACAUCUCCUGGCCAUGAAACUCUUUAAGUCGGACAUAUUCGCAAAGAGAUUGAAGUUGAGCUUGAACAUCCUUCUCACACUUUCCUCAAGCCGCUGACAAUGAACUGACCGGCCAGACCAGUAUAGUUGUAAAGAAAAGUCACUCUUAUUUAGCAAGCCAACCUGAUCAGUCUAUUUCUAGCCUGUGUUCACGGCCGUGAUCAACCUCGUCCUCCCGAGGGCCCUGGGUCAGGCUGGAUAGUUACUGGUUUGUUGCUAAAACUGUCGAAAAAGACACAUUUCAUUUACAAAUUACCUAUCCAGCCGGCCAUUUCUUACCUUUGGUAAGCCGGCGGCGUUACACUCAAGCAAUAGGAAAGUAUAACGAAGGACGGCCGUUCUUCCUCACGACAAGCUAGUUCACCGUUUCUUUCUUCUUCCAGUGAACCGAAAAUCACGGUUUAUAUUUAAUUGAAACAGAAGAUAAAUACAGACUAGUCUCAGUUAAUUGCAAGGAGAGAACCAGAGCUAGUAGAAAACAAUAACAGCUCGACUCCUUGAUGAAUUGAAUUGAUCGGCAGAGUAAGAGCAAACAACGGUAAUGCCGAUAAUCAUUAUCGUUUCAUACCAUCAGCCAAUAAACGGGUUAAAAUGUUGGAGUCUGAAACAAACUUCAGAGACAACUUGAUUCCUCAGUUUUUACGGAAUGCGUGACAACAUUUAACAAUUAAUGAAUUUGGCUUUUGUAUCAUCUGAAGAAUUGUGGAGAUCGAGAAGGGUGUUAUCGGCAUAACACCCUCCGAGAUCUCCAUAAUUCUUCAGAUGAUACGAAAGCCGAAUUCAAAAACUGUUUUAUUAUUCAUUCAAAAUAAUUCCUAGUCUAAAAACAAACCAAAACAUACUUACCUCCAUCGAUGUUCAGUUCAUCUUCAAUUGCCCGUUUAUCGGCAAGUUUAGGAGAUCAAGGGUUGUUCAGUUCUACAAAUGUUCUCCAAAUAGCUGAUGUUGUACAAUUAUGCUGUAGAAUUGACCUCAUUUUUCACAUAUCGCAAACUUCUUCCAAAUUUGGUUAACAAUGGCUAGUUGUGAUGAAUUAUCUGCGGGCUUUUAGCCAAUCAGAAAUGGAUAAAUAUUUUGCAUGAAUAAUAACAAAGAUUAUUGAAAGGUUGCAACCUAUGGCGUUAUUAAAUGGUUAGUAUCUGUAAUUUUACUUGCCAAUUUGGAUUUUGUCAAGAUGGCGGAGAAAUUGUACAAAAAUUCUAAAUGAUUUAUUUUGUUUUGAAUAAACGUUAGCAUAAGUGGCUCAUUGUUACGCAGCCUGUGACCUUUUCUCUUGUAACCAUAGCGACCAAUUGUGCGGCGCCUUUUGUCUCGGAACAGCAUUUAAAGAGAAGAAUUUUUGACAAAAAUAACUUUGAAAAACCUAUGACAGGCCGGUCCAACCAAGAACCCUCUUGCACUCCAGGGUUAAGAUGAAAAGAUUCGCAGUGAAUGUGAGUCUUACGUGUUUGUUGGGUACGUCGCUAAAAAUUGUAAUGUAAUAAGGUGAUUGACGUCUUAAUUCUUGUAAGACGACCCAAUCUCUGGGUAAGGAAUGGUAAUGGCUUGACAGUUUGCCUCUAUCCCAGAGGUCUCUACCCUAAAGCUGGUGCCUUGACCUUUCUUCCCUUCUAUACUGCGCCCUGGUAAUUUAAACGGCUGCUAAAGAAGCUUAAAUGAAUUGCUACUACAUCAACAUGAAAGACACCUACAUAAAUAUUAUAUUUAAAGCUUUUAACUUUGCUGCAUUAAGAAUCACAUUUCUUUGAGGGGAGGUGUGGUAUAAGAAUGUUUCGCGAAUUUCAGGAAAGUUUAAAAAUUGAUCGAAUUAACCGUCGUCUUGCUAAAUGAAACGUCGCACAUUAUUACUCGCAAAAAAAGGACAAGAAUUCGACGAUGCAGACUGGAGUCAAGGCGAAAAUAUGCAUUUAAAAAUGGCAAAAUGUGAGAAAUCGUGCAGAGUACAAUUUGAAAAAGAAACUUAUUUGUUGGAUUUACUGAAAGACUGGCGACAUGAGACCACAAAAAUUCGACAGUGACGCCUUUGUUUCUAGUAACGGAAUGAGAGACAGAGAUUUUUCUUAAAACUGGGACAUUUUUCUCGCUCACUUUAGGUUCUUAAGGAAAAGUUGGUUCUCGAAUGCAAAUGCCAUGGGCUCUCGGGAUCCUGCGCUACUCGAACCUGUUGGAAAGCGCUUCCGUCGAUCCGUGUGAUUGGCGAGCGUUUAAAGGAAUAUUACUACAACUCCGUUCGUGUUUCAGUUAUAACGGUAGACUCCAACAGAGGCCCAAAGCCUGAAUACCUUGUUCUAAAAUCUGAGAAAUCAAGAAAGCCAGACUCGCGUAGCUUGGUGUAUGCGAAUGACUCUCAUACAUACUGUGUGCGAGAUAUCAGGCUGGGAAUUCCAGGGACAAAGGAUCGUGUUUGUAACGUUACUUCGACUAGCGAUGACAGCUGUGACUCCUUGUGCUGUGAGCGUGGACACGACACACAUAACUUCACCGAAGUAACUCAGUGCAGAUGCAAGUUCCACUGGUGUUGUCAGGUCAGAUGCAAAGAGUGUGUCCAAAAUGUUGUGAAGCACACUUGCAAGUGACAAAAUGUCAGCAAGAUUGACAAUCCAUUGUUAGACUAAAUGUCAGCCCGUUUUAGUAUUAAUAGAACACAUGGGCUUUAAAAGAAGAACAAAAACCUGCACGCAUUAAUUUACAUUUAAUGUUUUUACGAAUGAUAGACGAGGCGAAAUUAAGGAGUGGAAAAAGACUUCCAUACUGUCACAUUUAGAGCGAAACGUUCAAGACAGAGUAUGGUCUGUAAUCAGACGUAAUACGUAGACAAGAAUUGUCAUCAUGAAUUCAAGGAAACAUUUGCAAAUUUUGACAGAGCGCCAAGCGCAGGAGACUUAAAUAAUAUUAAGCUUAAAGUAGAGUAAAAAUAAUCAAAAACUUAAACUUAACUGAGACAGAUAACGACUCUCGUUAGAAGGACGAACAUUAGCACGUAGACUUUGUCGAAGUGAAAUGAAGCUUCGUAAUAUUUAAUAAAGCAAAUCUUCAUGAAGAUCUCUUGUGUGUUCUUGAAAACUUGAGACCAGCAAGUUCUGCUAAAUGAUGAAAACAACGUCAAUUUUGCCAAGUCCUCGCUUUAAAGUUGGUUUUUGGUUCUUAUAUCACACCUCUCUGCGCUAAGGCUGGUUCACGCCUGGACGACCAUAGCAUAAGUUCAAGCAGCAUAUACGUGGACACUGUAUCUUGAGAUUUGGAAUCACUUUUACGGCAAAUAGCAAACUGCAAUUUUUACCCCGUGAUUACUUGUACUUGUCGUUUACUAUGUCUACUCGAAAAUAAGACGUUUUGACAGGUUAAUCCAUAAGAAUUAUUUUGCACAGUUUUCAUCCCCUCAAUUCCUAAUUUAUGAAUUUGUUAUUCUGAAUCUGAUUCUCUCGAAGGGCUAGCUGGCGCUCGAAACAUCAGGUCCCCCUUGCCCAGGCCUUCAUGGUCAACGCAUUUUAGUGACCUUUCCGAGAUGAACGGACCACGUGAUCCGAAACGCAUAGGCCGCGUGGAAAAUGAGGCCAAGGGACAAGGCAAAUCUCCCCCUCCAGUGGCCAAUUUACCGUCCCUUUUCAACACAGUUAUUAAAACUAAAUCCUUGUAUUUUACUCCCUUACAGACGCGACAACACAGUCGAUCAGUUCCUUAAAAAGAAAGCCCUUCAUGAACUUGGCCACUUCCGUUCGUCGUAAACUUGAUUCUAGACCUCUCUUAUGAUGAGUGCCUAUUUAUGCCCAAAGGCACUAAUUUUCAAGAAGUUACUGAGUUUCAAGAGUUACUGUGUUUGUUCCUUGUACCUAUACUUGAGUCGCACAUGCAUGUACACCAAGAAGUCUUUAAAAAAACUUUGCUCAUGAUCCACCAUCGAUCGGAUCAUGAUGCAUCAAACAUGCCGAUUUAUCCUUUUCCAGAUAGAAUUUAGCUGUUCCUUUGAAGUGUAUCAUGAUCCGGAUGAUCUCGAAUCCUGCUCCGGAUCAUUCCAUAGGAUAACAUCCAUUGCUGCGAUGUUGCCGAUCUUUUUAUUCCCCUGGCAUAACAUGUUUACAUCGUUAUGCUGAGUAUAAAGACCUUUUAAGAAGUGAUCAUCAACAAAUGCGAUAAUCUUUGUUACUCGGAACGAUUAUUUUCUUAACUUAUACUUACGAAUGUGAUUGAAUCAGUUUUACACGUAUUUGCCGUUGUUUCGUUUGUUAAGGAAUCUAUAUAAUUCUUGGUAGUGGCUGAGGCCAAAUCACAGGCAAGCAUAUCACCAUCGCCGGCACAAAUUAGUGAUUAUGGUCGUGAGAGGCAGUCCAUGGCUUUGUAGUAAUACCACGGGUAAAAGCUUAAGUAGUUUACAGCAACUCGGUGUGAGGUGUGGUAUAAGGCAAAACCUACCAACUAAAAUUAUAAUUAAUUUUCUCGUUCAUGUAAUAUAGUGAUCUGUGAUCCUCGAACGUUCAAGUAAAGUUAAUGGUAAACGUAUAGCCCACCGUAAAGGUAGGGUUAGCGGUUUUUGGUUUUCCGUUUGAUAAAUAGAUCCAGCCAGCAUCAUGCCCUUACAAUAGAAUUAUGGGGUUUCUUAUUACAAUUUUUGAAAAGACGUCCGCUAAGUCAGUAUUUUCCUUGGGGACCCUUUUCCUUAGGCGCUCAAAGAAAGUCUGGAAAUAGAGUGUCACUGCCAUGGGACAUCUGGAUCAUGCUCAAUGAGAACAUGUUGGCAGGCGCUUCCUACCCUACGAAAAGUGGGCCUUAUUUUAAGACAGCGAUAUGAAGAAUCUGCUCGGGUUCGGGCAUACAAAAUCCCGUCCCGUUAUGGCAGAAGAGACGCCUUCCUUACGCUCAACACAAAUGGUCACCAAAAGCCCUCACCAAAAACUCUCGUUCACGUCGACUAUUCCCCAAAUUAUUGCGAGCGCAACGCCGGGAAAAGAAUCACCGGAACCGUGGACCGGGAAUGUAACAAGACUUCUACUGAAGAAGGAGGAUGCGAACUGUUAUGCUGCGGCAGGGGAUACAAUACUCACGAGAUUGUGCAUAAAUGGAAGUGCAACUGCAAAUUUCAUUGGUGUUGUUAUGUGAAAUGCAAGAAUUGUAAGGAACGACGAGAGGUUUUCAGGUGCAAAUGA